AAUCAACCCCCCUACACCGUCCUAAUUAGACAACUCAUCAUUCUUCUUGCUGCCAAUACUGACAAUUAAUCCCCAUGGGACACCUCAGCUCUAAUUCUCAAAUGACACUCAUAUUAUUAUUAGCCCUUGCAAUUUUCACUUCACUAAAUUUGGUCACAGCACAGGUUAUUACCACGCCCUGCACGACCUCUAUGAUUAACACUAUCACCCCUUGUGCCAACUUCAUCACAGGAAGCAUUAACAAUGGUUUAACUCCAUCAGCUACGUGCUGUGAUUCAUUUCUGUCUUUGAUAACCACUAGCGUGGAUUGUGCUUGCCUUCUAGUAUCAGCUAAUGUUCCAUUGCAAAUACCCGUUAACAGAGUUCUUGCCCUCUUCCUUCCACAGGCAUGCAACGUGGGUCAAAUGCCUGCACUGUGCAAAGCCUCUGCUUCUCCUUUACCGGCUCCAGGCCCAGCUCUACUUGGAUCAAAUGACCAAACUCCUCCGCCUAUUGCCUUUUCUCCUUUAAGCCCACAAGUUUCUAACACCAUUUUCGAAGUUGAAGCUCCGAAAUCUGAGAUUCUGCAACCAGCAUUGGCACCAGCAUCAGUAGAAUCUGCACCAAUGAAGCAGAAGCACCCACGAAAAGUUCAGGAAUUAGACAAGUACUUUUGACUCCCUAAUUGACAACUACUGCAUUGUAUCGAUAUUAAUAUGGAAUUUGGAAUCAUGGUCCAUGCUUCAUGUAUUGUGUACCUCAUAUUCAACAGCUAGUGAACACAAAAUCUUAAAUACUUUUGUAUUUCUAUCAGUUUAUACCUUCCCAAAUAAAUGGCUUAUAUUGCAUUGAGUUACAUAUUAUUGUUCAGUUGGAUUGUAAUUUACGAGUAGUUUGUCACGACUGAAGAAAUUAAUAAGAUAUAAGACACGUCCUGCUCCCGCGAAAUUCAUUUUCUGUUUA